AAGCAUACUCUUUGACUACUUAGCGCAAGGCACUAAAGAGCGACUGACCGCACCCAUGAUAAAGUGCGUCAUUGCUCUAGGAAGAAGGGCGCUUAUAGAGUGCCUGGACGACCAUCUGCAACACUUAGAUGAGUGGAUGCAUACACCCAGGAGGAAUCAUCUGCUGCCUGACCUUAGGGAGACUAUACUCGACGCAUCGACGUGCCUGCUCAGAUCUGAGCCCACCACGUACCUAGAAGACUACGUGUCCACCGACUACGCGCUUUAUGAAAUGCUCGGCGACUCCAUCUUACCGCGGCGGACUCUGUUCCCUUUACAAAAACCAGACACAGACGAAGACGACGAAAUAGAAAAGACAUCUGUGGAAGACAUGCCAUACAUUCCGGUGCGGCCCGUCAUCCCCCGACCUAAAGUGCGGUUCAUCCCCACUCUACCCCGCCUCAGGAACUGUCUCCAUAGAGACCUAGUAUUCGAACCCACACGCUUCGACCCAUCACAAUGCAUCAGGAUCAAAAUCAAAAACUGCAGGUCCCUGGAAGUCGCAAGCAGGAUACAAAAUAUACACACAAACUCAUACAUCACGCCCCGAAGCAAUGGAGCGGUGGCGGCCAGCGGUCUCCUAAACAGAUUUAGGUUCAGAUUAAAGGAUCCCAACGACGCCUUUCCUUUAUUAGGAGCUUUAAUUAUUUAGUGUAUUUUAAGCGAAAUAUAAAUUAUUUUUUCCAA